UCCAGAGGGUGGAUGUGGGCUCCAGCGAGUUGUGUAAGAUGCUCUGGGUCCGCGGCAGUGUUCUGCGCCUAAGCUUGGGGUUCACCAUCCACUGCGCUCCUCAAACCAUCUCGCGCUGGCCGGGUUGGGGUCCCCGGGCCGCGUGUCACCCCCGUAGCUUCAGCGGCCAGAAUUCCAGCGGCUUUGAGCCCCCAGAGAAAGUUCACAGGAUUCCCGCCCAAUACAAACCUUCGAAAUUCGACAAGAAAAUCCUACUGUGGACCGGGCGUUUCAAAUCUAUAGAGGAGAUCCCACCCCUAGUACCGCCUGAAAUGAUAGCUGUUUCAAGAAACAAGGCUCGAGUGAAAGCUUGUUACAUAAUGAUCGGACUCACAAUUGCUGCCUGCUUUGCUGUGAUUGUGUCUGCCAAAACGGUGAGCUGUGGAACGGCAUGAAUCCUUAACAAGUUGGAAUCUGGCAAAGAAAGCUAAGUGGCGUGAAGAAGCUGCAUUGGCUGCACAGUCCAAGUCUAAAUGAUGCUUUUGACUAAGUGAUGUCAGUACUCGCUCAGGUGCCA